UUGGAGCUGACGAGUCCCAUGGCCCACAGUCAGCUGACUGGAGCCGGUGGAGUAGCUCUAAUCUCUGAGGAUGUGCCACCCAGGACCCAGCAGUUCCAGUCUGCAGGUCUCGACCUGAGAGAAAAUACUUAAAGGAAGUUGGAGUUAAGGAGGGAGGAAGAGACAAUGGGCAUCCACCACAAUGGUGAAGGCAUUGGUACGUGCAGGAGACAGGCAACUUGCAAACAAGGGAGGAGAUCAGUAAAAAAUCAGGUCCCUGGCACAAAAUUUUCUGAAGGGUCUGCUGCUUCUUUCUAAGCCUCUGAGUUAUCCUGGUUCAGGACAAAAAUAAUAACAAUACUGAUGUUCUUGUUUUUCCUGUUUAUAUUACCAAAGCCACAGACAAAGUGCAGCAUGUGUUCCGACUGAGAAGGGCUUGGCCCUGGGUGUUCUCACCCACUUCCUGUUCCCCACACAGCAGACUUUGCUCUUUCUUGAGCAAAGCUCAAGCAAAGCUUGAGCUGAGCUUUCUGAUCCCAUUUUACUGAAAACUAUAAGCAAUGUAUUCUAUAUAUUCAUAUGCCAUGGACACUUUCCUCUACCUCUUCCAGUCAAAGUCCCCAGAAGCCUGCAAUGUGUCGUCCCUAAAAGGAGACACAAAGAACUCACAAGACAGCACGGACCCAGGAGACAGAAAACAUGACCAUUCCUCUUCCUCUACGGCUGACGGAGUGAUAAAGAAGGAAGAAUAUGAAGAGAUUGUCCAGGAUAAUCCUGCAGGAGCACUGUGUCAGGAUCCUAAACAAGACGUUAUAGGAGGUCUGGGGAAGGCCCCACCGAGCCCCCAGAGACUGAGGCUCCUCCUAGUGGGGAAAGCCGGCAGCGGGAAGAGUGCGACGGGAAACAGCAUCCUGGGCAGGAAAGAAUUCCAGUCUAAACUCAGCGCUCUACCGGUGACCCGGGCCCUGCAGAGGGCCAGCCGCGACUGGGCCGGCCUGGAGCUCGAGGUGAUCGACACCCCCGACAUCCUGUCCCCGUGUGCCCCGCUGGAGGCCGUGUGCGAGGCGGUCGUCUUUUCCGCCCCCGGGCCGCACGCGGUGCUGCUGGUGACGCAGCUGGGCCGCUACACGGAAGAGGACCGGCGGGCGGUGCGGCGCCUGCAGGAGGCCUUCGGGGUGGACGUGCUGGCCCACACGGUGCUGGUGUUCACGCGCAAGGAGGACCUGGAAGGGGGCUCCUUGGAGCAGUACGUGCGGGAGACCGACAACGAGCCCCUGGCCCGGCUGGACCGGCAGUGCUCACGGCGCCACUGCGCCUUCAACAACGCGACGGGCGGCGCGGAGCAGGAGGCGCAGCUGCGGGAGCUCCUGGGGCAGGUCAACUGCAUCCUGUGGGAGAACAACCACCGGCACUUCAGCAACCGCGCCUACCGCUACUGCCAGCUGAACGGUCUGCGCGGAGACGGCCAGGAGAAGCAGGUGCCCGGGGGGAGCGGCUCAGAGGAGGCGCCCGGCGCGGAGCCCUGGCGGGAGGGUCUGUGCCAGAUCCAGAAGGAAUCGGAGGAAGUUUACAGACGUCUGCUGAAGAGGGAGCCCAUUUGAGCCUCGGCCGGGCCUCAGCCUCCGUGGCCAGCUGUCGGCCUCUCCGUGCCCGUGGGUCCUUGGCCAUCCCAGUCUCCUGAUCCGCGGGUGCGGUCCGGAGUGCCCAGCUCGAACCCCCCGGGGGCCUUCAUCACACCUUCCGGGGCGGUUGAAUGGCUUCUACGCUGUAGGGAGCAGCAUGCCAGGUGGAGGGGAGAACUCUGCAGUGCGCGGGCGUCUUUCUGGAGGGCUGUUGCUGCGCAUGGAGAAGAAAGCAGAAUGGGGUCUGGCUCUGGCCAUCUAGCUGCAUAAGGAGAUAGGUGCGCCUCAGGUGCACCUCAGCUUUGAGGUUCUAGAUGCUUCUGGAGAGUCUGACCAACUGAUGGAAGCAGAAUUGGAGCAGACUGGAGCAGCAUACCCGCCCCUAGUCUCUUUUCCUUCCUUCAAGCUGUGUGACAGAGGGUCUCCAGUUACCUUCAUCUGGGAGGGGUGGAAAGUGCUGGAGGGCGGUCAGAGGACACAGCGUCAGGUCUGUUUGGUUUCGUCCAAUGGUUAAGUCUCUACAACCAGAUGCCCGCGGACUACAUCUCGCAGUGUGGAGGCCGGGACACCUCUCUAACCCAGACCAAAUGGACCUCUAAGAAAGUUUGAGCGUUUCUUUUGCCAGAAUAUUCAGAAAAGUGUCUCAGGGCCCAACAAGACUUAUUUGGGGGUGCAUACUUAAGUCUUUGUGCCAGAACCAUUUAUUAGAUAUGCCAUCAAUUUCCCACUGAGCUGAAGCACGUUGAUCAUAUGAUACGUUUUCAUAUUCUGUAAGAUCUAUGUCAGGAUUUUCAAUUCUGUUCUUGCCUCCUACUUUUCUUCCUUUCUUAUGAAUAAAAUAUUGAUUUCAUUUCA